AAAAGGGUACUUUGGAGAAUUUUCUUUUUCUUUUCCUCACAACACAGCAGUUUUUAUCUUUGCGGCUUGAGGACUCAGCCCACUCCAACCUGUGUGAUCACAGAAUCAGAUUAAAGAAGCAAAAAUGGCUACUGAAGGGAUAAUUAUUGAUCAACAGCAGGAAGAUAGGAUUCACAGCGAUGUAUUGCUCUUCAACCGCUGGAGAUAUGACGAAGUUCAGAUUAGUGACAUUUCUGUUGAGGAUUACAUCACUGCCACCGCUGCGAAGCACCCUACCUAUAUGCCUCACACUGCUGGGAGGUACCAGCAGAAGCGGUUUAGAAAAGCCCAGUGCCCAAUUGUGGAGAGGCUGACUAACUCACUCAUGAUGCAUGGCCGUAAUAAUGGAAAGAAGCUGAUGGCUGUGCGCAUAAUCAAACAUGCUAUGGAGAUCAUCCACUUACUGACGGAUCAGAACCCUAUUCAAGUCAUUGUUGAUGCUGUAAUCAACAGUGGACCAAGAGAAGAUGCAACCAGGAUUGGUUCUGCUGGUGUUGUGAGACGUCAAGCAGUUGAUAUUUCACCUCUAAGGCGUGUUAACCAGGCCGUCUAUCUCCUCACUACUGGUGCUAGGGAGAGUGCUUUUAGGAAUAUUAAGACCAUAGCUGAAUGCCUUGCUGAUGAACUCAUAAAUGCGGCCAAGGGGUCUUCGAACAGCUAUGCUAUUAAGAAGAAGGAUGAGAUUGAGAGGGUGGCGAAGGCCAAUCGUUGAGAAAACUAUAUGUGUGACUGGAGAGUUGCUAUUUUUAGAGAGUUAUUGCUUUGUACUUUUUAGUCUCUACCUGUUUUGGUGGUUUUUUCUGGAGAAACCUUAAUUUCAGUUGCUUGGAAUUGUCACAAGCAUAAUGCUGGACGAGACUGCAGUUUUUUUGAUUUUACCAAGUUGCAUUAUUUCUCUUUACACGCAUGUAACAAAACUUUGUGGUUUCAUGGCAGCAAGGAGAUUGGCAGUUUGAAUAUUUGACUUUAAUGUUACUGAUAUCAAACAUAU